GGCGAAGGUGAUGGACGCGGGCGCUCGACGGGUGUGUUGCGGAGGAGAAUGGAAGACGGAGGGGAAUUCGAUGCCGCAGAGAUGGAAUACACAAGUUACGCCGGAGAGCAUCACCUGCCGUUGAUUAUGUCCCUCGUCGAUCAAGAACUCAGUGAACCUUAUUCUAUCUUCACCUACCGUUACUUCGUCUAUCUUUGGCCCCAGCUGUGCUUCCUCGCGUUUCACAAAGGUAGAUGCGUGGGAACCGUUGUGUGUAAGAUGGGAGAGCACCGGCACACUUUCAGAGGUUACAUCGCCAUGUUGGUUGUCAUUAAGCCAUAUCGUGGCCAAGGCAUUGCGACAGAGCUGGUUACGAGAUCUAUAAAAGCUAUGAUGGAAUCAGGCUGUGAAGAGGUGACUCUGGAGGCGGAAGUUACAAACAAAGGAGCGCUGGCACUGUAUGGGAGGCUGGGGUUCAUAAGAGCGAAACGGCUAUACCACUACUAUUUGAAUGGCAUGGAUGCCUUUAGGCUGAAGCUUUUGUUUCCUCGGCAGAUGUUGCCACCUUUUCAACCUCACAUGGCUUCUCAAGAUCACAUCCAUCCGAAGCAAGAUCAUGAAAAUGCAAUCCAAGACUAAUAUGCUCUAUGAGAGCCCUUGUGCUGAUACCCGUCUUCAAAGCUGUUCUUACAUUGCAUUUUCGCCUGCACUAUAUUGUUGUCUUUCGUGGGUAAAGCCGUGAGAAAAGAAAGUUUACAGCUUGUGCGAUGCGGAUGCUUUUUUUGGUCUGAGAAAAAACGAUCAUAAGGUAGAAUUUGCGUAUGUGCAAACGAUCAUGAAUUGAGGUGCUGGUGUAACAUCUCUGCCUAUCUCUUCUCGUCGUAACAUUUACUGUUGUUUCCGAUGUUUCAUCUUCCUCCAUUGCACAGACUUCA